AUGACGCUUUCAGUGGAAUUAUUCAACUCUGCCCUCAGAAGAAACAUCACCUUUGUGCGUCCUGCAUAUUUCAUAAUUAAUGGAUUUUCUGACAUACCUCAUAUAAACUAUUACUAUGCAUUUCUCUUUUUUGUUUAUAUUAUGUCAGUGUUGGGAAACACAGCUGUGAUGGCUGUAAUAUUGUUGGACCAAAAUCUAAGAACUCCAAAAUAUGUUGCAGUUUUUAAUCUUGCAUGGACAGACCUGCUUGGUAGCACUGUUCAGGUACCAAAGGUUCUUGACAUAUUUCUGUUUGCUCACCACAUCAUCUCCUAUAAUGACUGUAUGACAUUUCUCUUUUUCUCCUACACGUGUCUUUCUAUGCAGUCUCUUAAUCUGGUUGUUCUCUCCUAUGACAGACUGGUAGCGAUCACCUUCCCACUGCACUAUCACGUGAAGAUCACACACAGGUUUAUAUUUUCUUUGGUUGGCUUUUUCUGGGUUUUUGUCUUAACUGCUGUGUUCAUUGCAGUGGGUCUUCUGACAAGACUUUCCAUCUGUAAGUCAGUGAUUAUUAACAGUUAUUUCUGUGAUUACAGCCAAAUAAUCCAGCUGGCCUGCAAUGACACAACCUCUGCUGUUGUACUUGGCUGGCUGUUACCAGUUCUCAUUCUUUGGUUUCCACUGAUAUUUAUCUUGUUUAGUUACUCAUAUAUUGGCUGCACUUUGACAAAGGUAGCUUCAGUUCAGGAAAGAGUAAAAGCUUUUAAAACCUGCAGUGCUCACCUUUCAUUAGUGGCAAUCUAUUUCCUCCCAAUUUUGCUCUCAUUGACCUUUAUUGCCCACAUGCAUCCAAAUAGCAGAAUGAUAAAUCUGUCUCUGACCUCUGUCAUUCCACCCAUGUUAAACCCAUUUAUUUAUGUUCUACAGACACAAGAAAUCAAAAUAUCUAUGAAAAAGGUAUUGAAAAUCAAAUACUUUAGUAAUAUUCAUCAUGUAGCUGUUAUAAAAAUUCCUCAAAUUUAA